CUUAUCUCGCGAGUGUAUUAAGUGCUAAUACUAAUAAUUGAGAGUGCAGAGGAAAAUGUGGAGCAAGACGACUCGAUGGAAAAGUCAAAUGAUAUAAACGAUGAAAACACCUACGUGAGUCACUAUCCUGAUAGUCGACGAUAUUCGAUAGCAAAUGCAGCGAUGGCAACAAACAGACCACGUCUUGAUAAUCAAGGAUAUAGUGUAAAUACUACGCAGGAGGCGGAUGAGAAUCAGGAAGGUGGAAAUAAGGAGACAAAAAUUGACAUUCCGUCAUCUCAACCGCCCCAAUAUAGUGUUGCUGUGGCUGAUAGGCAUUCUGAUAAAAAAGUUAAGCGCUUCUCAAUCCACGGCAUGAUGGAGGAAGAAGGAAAUUCGCUUAAACCGCAUCAAGAGAUCGCUGCACUCUCGCUUGAAGAGAAGCGAUUUCUACUUGCAGUUGAGCGUGGUGAUGUUGCAACAACACGAAGAAUGCUUCAGAAGGCAAAAGAGACGGGUUAUAUAAACAUCAAUUGUGUUGAUCCCUUGGGUCGUUCAGCAUUAUUAAUGGCAAUUGAUAACGAAAAUUUAGAAAUGGUUGAGUUGCUCAUAAAUCAUCAUGUUGAUACGAAAGAUGCUCUCUUGCAUGCCAUUAGUGAAGAGUUUGUGGAAGCUGUCGAAGUUUUGCUCGAUCAUGAGGACUGUUCACAUCGAGAUGGUGAGCCGCAUUCUUGGGAAGCACUGCCAAGUGAGACAGCAACAUUUACGCCAGACAUAACACCGCUCAUUUUAGCUGCUCAUCGAGAUAAUUACGAGAUAAUCAAAAUUUUAUUAGAUCGUGGCUCUACCCUCCCAUUGCCGCAUGACGUGAGAUGUGGCUGUGAUGAGUGCGUAACGUCGCGUCAGGAAGAUUCAUUGCGACAUUCUAGAUCGCGUAUAAAUGCCUAUCGGGCUCUUGCUAGUCCAAGUUUAAUAGCUUUAUCAUCCAAGGAUCCAAUUCUAACUGCCUUCGAAUUGUCAUGGGAAUUGAGACGCUUGAGUUUCCUCGAGCAUGAAUUUAAGAAUGAGUACAUGGAACUGCGAAAACAGUGUCAAGAUUUUGCGACAGCACUUCUCGAUCAUACGCGUUCCUCACACGAAUUAGAAGUGCUACUCAAUCAUGAUCCAACAGGUCCUGCCUUUGAGCAUGGCGAACGCAUGCAUUUGAAUCGUUUAAAACUUGCCGUAAAACUUCGUCAGAAAAAGUUCGUAAGUCACCCAAAUGUACAACAAUUAUUAGCGUCUAUAUGGUAUGAAGGUCUGCCUGGAUUUCGUAGGAAAAAUAUGGCCUUACAAUCACUCGAGAUUUGUCGAAUUGGAAUAAUGUUUCCUUUAUUCUCCGUGGCUUAUACACUUGCACCACAUUCCGCGUUUGGACAGACAAUGAGAAAGCCAUUUAUCAAAUUCAUCUGCCACAGUGCAUCGUAUUUUACAUUUCUAUUUCUUUUAAUGCUCGCAUCGCAACGUAUUGAAUCUGUGAUGGAUUUUUCUGGUGAAUCAACCCCAGCUGCUGAUGAGCUGCCGACAAAACGUGGUGCUGCACCAACAUUGAUUGAAUGGAUGAUAUUAUCGUGGGUGAGCGGUCUGAUAUGGAGUGAGGUGAAACAAUUGUGGGAUGUGGGACUACAAGAAUAUGUACAUGACAUGUGGAAUGUGAUAGAUUUUAUAACAAACUCAUUGUAUGUUGCAACAGUGGCACUUCGGGUUGUCUCAUAUUUUCAGGUGCAAAAAGAGAUGGCAAUCGAUGCAUCAGCUGCCGAUUUAGCACGUGAAAAAUGGGACACAUGGGAUCCAAUGCUGAUUAGUGAAGGAUUAUUCAGUGCUGGAAAUAUUUUUAGUUCCUUAAAACUCGUCUAUAUAUUCUCAGUUAAUCCACAUUUAGGACCGUUACAAGUGUCACUAUCGCGUAUGGUCACCGAUAUUAUAAAAUUCUUUUUCUUGUACGUUCUCGUUCUUUUUGCCUUCAGUAGUGGCUUAAAUCAAUUAUUAUGGUAUUAUGCUGACUUAGAGAAAAAACGUUGUCCGGAAUAUUCAUCCUCAGCCGCAUAUAAUGGCACCAUCGAUUCAAAUGCGUGCAUCGUAUGGAGGCGAUUUACGAAUUUAUUUGAAACAACGCAAACAUUAUUUUGGGCGGCAUUUGGUCUCAUCGAUCUUGACAGUUUUGAAUUGGAUGGUAUAAAAAUAUUUACGCGUUUUUGGGGAAUGUUAAUGUUCGGAUGUUAUAGUGUAAUAAAUAUCGUUGUAUUAUUGAAUUUGCUCAUCGCAAUGAUGAAUCACUCAUAUCAAUUGAUAUCGGAACGUGCGGAUACUGAAUGGAAAUUUGCGAGAUCGAAAUUAUGGAUAAGCUACUUUGAAGAAGGAGCCACAUGUCCGCCGCCCUUUAACAUCAUUCCAACACCAAAAUCAUUGUUGUAUUUCAUUCAAUGGCUGAAGAGGAAAUUUUUCGGACAAUCGAAGGCAAUAAAAAAGGAGCAUAUGAAGACAAUAAGGAAAGUAAAGCAGGCAAGCGAACGAGAUUUUCGAUAUCAAAGUAUUAUGAGGAAUUUAGUAAGGAGAUAUGUGACGGUGCAGCAGAGGAAAGCUGAAUCACAGGGAGUCACUGAAGAUGAUGUUAAUGAGAUCAAGCAAGACAUUUCAGCCUUUCGUUGUGAGCUCGUCGAGAUCCUGAAGAACAGUGGCAUGAACACAAGCACUGCCUCGGGCCCAGGUGGUGCUGGUGGCAAGAAGAAUCGACAAAAGGAGCGACGCUUAAUGAAAGGUUUUAAUGUAGCGCCUACAAUAACAUCAGCACAAUUGACACCAUUAAGUGAACAUAGUGGUAGUUUCCCUCUAGAUCAUCAUGGCUCUCAUGAAUUAUCUGCCCUUAGUGGUCUUUUUGGACCAGGAAUCACACCUAGAAAAAAUGCAGGUCCUAAUCCAUUACAGCAACAAGAGCAACAACAAAUAUCAACAUCACAAAGCUCAUUCGGCGAUUCCAUAAAUCCCAUUCAUAAACUUAGUCGAUUUGCACCCAAAUUUCAUUCGAAACGUAAUGGCGGUUCGCAUAAGAGAAAGUGGGGGACACUAAUAGAAGCGGCAAAAUCAGGUAGCGUAUCACGUUUUAUCGGUCGUUCACGUUCAGAAGAUUCAGUAUGCAAUUCACCACCGCCUAUCCAUAAUCGCAAUGAGUCAGCGAGCAUUAGUCCGAACUCUGAAGAAGCGGUAACUGAAUCACCGACAGAUUCCAAUCCUAGUUUAGAUAAACCCGAUGUUGAGCACCAUCAUUCAAGUCAUCAUAAGCACCAACACUCACGGCAACAAUCCAGCGAACAGCACAAAUCUCCAAAUAAAAAUAAUGAUAAUAGUAAUGUGCAUAAUAGUUCCCAUAAUAGCAAUAGCAGUAAUAAUACUAAGAAAGAACAUCAUCACCUGCAUAUGCCGCAUGUCAAUUUGAAUUUCAGUGCUCUUGCGGCACUUAAGCGCAAACGAAAAAAGUUUUCAAAUAGUCGGAAUGAAAGUCCUGUGCUAGAACCACCUCCCGAGCAUACGUCACCUUCAUCUAGUCUUAAAAAAUCUCUUAAAAAAGUAAAUCAAAUUAUACUCAAUGUUAUACUUGUUCGGGUAUAA